GUGCUCUGAGACGAAUGUGUAUCAAGGACAAGUUUCAUUCUUCCAAACAAGGACUCUUUGUAGUCUAAUCAGAGAUCACUACGUAUGUAGUAGUUUAGUUUUCGUCAGGAAUCGCUGAGUAGGAGCCGUUUGUCACCAGCCGUUGGCACAACUAAUUGCACAUGGCAUUCUGCAGUAGCUAUUACCUCGAGCACUUCGAUCCGAGGCACAGUUGCCAGCCUCAUCCAAGCAUUUCGACUGGAUAAUCAUCGAUUGAUAAAUGGACACCUGCUGUUGAGGAGCCCGUCGACCGCCCAUUCUGCCUUGCGACUCGCUGAGCUUGAGCGCGACGGGUGUGUGAUUAGUGAUCCUCACUUUGAAUCGUAAAACCCUAUGUGUCAUCGCGCCAAAACGCCAUAAAUUAUCUGUGACGCCAUCGUGAAGAGACAAGCACCUGAAGUCCGCCGGGCCGAGAAAGCCCUUAGGCGAUCCGUGCGUGCUGAAACGAUCUCUUUAGGAUGAAAGAAAAUAUGCAAAAACUGUGGCAAUGGAUACGUGAUCGUAAAACGAACACUCUUCGAAAAUGGCGAAGCUCCCUGAUAAAGAAAACACCGACCGAUGAGGAUUUGCGAAAUGGUCACAACCGAGUAGGUCAUAGUAUUUCUGACAUGAAUCUGCCGUCAACAUCCAGAGCGCAACCACCGGAAUUUGAGCAGUUUUUCAACGAGCCACGGACGAAAAGCUUCCUUGACAUCCGACGGCGGUCAUUUCGUGAACAUCAAAAAAACGAGACAUAUCCUGUCGCUCCUCCGGAUUUAGACGUUGGCUGGUUAGAAAACUCUUCACCGCCACCAGCUCCACAACCAGCAUCUCGUCCAACUAGUCGUAGUCCACGACAGAUCCGGUUCAACAUUCCGGAGAUCCAAGUCUCAUUAGACUUGUCUACUCCACCGUUUCCCGUGAACGAACCACCAACAGAAUUAGAGUGGAGUCCAGCAGGAUCACUAAGUAUGGAUACAGUAAUGCAGAAAGUGCAACCAGAGAGAUUAGUGUUACAACGCCAGGCUAUGUCCUUUGAUGAUGCAGACGAUGCGUCGUCAUCAUCGUCUCGGCGUAAUUCAGCUAACGAAAAGGCUCGUCAGAAUCUUCUCGCACAACGACGUCAGAGUCAAGUCCAGCUUGUCCAAGCAAUGUCUGGUCGACGAACAUCGACAACACUCAUUCCGCUCACUGCCGCUCAAAUUCAUCUAAUAAGAGCACUUUGGAGACAAAUUUAUACGAGUAAAGGUCCAACUGUAGUUGGAAGCAGUAUCUAUCAUAGACUGUGCUUCAAAUGUCCUCAGGUGAAGGAACAAAUUCGACGAGUGCCUUUGCCAGUCAAGUUCCAAAAUUAUGAUAGUUUCAUCAAGGCACACUGCAAAGCUAUUGGUGAACUGAUAGAUCAGAUUGUGGAAAAUCUUGACAACCUUGACAAUAUGACGGAUGAACUAGUGCGUAUUGGUAGAGUACACGCGAAGUUACUGCGUGGUGAACUUACAGGAAAACUCUGGAAUGUUGUAGCUGAAACAUUUAUCGAUUGCACCCUGGAAUGGGGUGAUCGCAGAUGUCGAUCUGAAACAGUAAGAAAAGCCUGGGCACUCAUCGUUGCAUUUGUAAUUGAGAAGAUAAAACUUGGACAUCAUGAACAGAGAAAACUGAUGCUUGCCACACGUCAAUCGCUGCCGUCUAUUGAAGCCGGCCAUUUUCUAAAGAAGUCUAAAAGAAAUGUAUAUGUUUCAUUCUUCAAACAAGUUAUUCCAACACUGGCAGCAAAUCUUCUUUGCGCAAAAAUGCUCGAGGAUGUGCAAGCGAAACCGUAUGAAGAAGAGGCUCCAAAAAAGGAGGUCCCGAUGCGCGUUGGUAAAAUGAUACUCGACCCGAAGAAAUUGGGUGAAGAAGUUCUCGAGAAUGAAGAAAAGAAAAAACCUGCCAGUGAACCUGCUGAAGUAGAGGUUGAUGUAGAGGAGGAUGAUGUAAUGAUACAGAAAGAUCCACCACAAAAAAGGACAAAGCCAAAAAGGACAAAGCCGUUACCAAGUGAGCCAUCUCAGGAUAAAGAUAAAGAGAAAGUUAAAGAUAAAGAUCAUGUUGAAUCUGUGACUGUUGAUAUCUACGAAAUGACUGGCCCAAAACCUAAGAAACCAUCAGAGAAGGAACCUAAGAAACCUUUAGAGAAGGAACCUAAGACAGCUAAAGCAGUAACUCCAAAAGACACCAAAAAAGCAGCAAAAACUCCAAAAAAGAAAUCCAAAAGAACUCCGCAUUCGAAAACACCCAAGAAGAAGAAAAAUAAGAAAACGUCACACAGAAAGAGGAAACAUGAAUAA